AUGCCUGAAAAGAAGAACAGUCGUUCCGCUGACGAAGCUCUUAGCUUUCUUGCUAAAACGAACGUAGAGCGCCCGAUGCAUUACUCUAAGACAGGGAACAUAACGCCCGACACGGUAUCUUCAAGAGAAGAUCACUACCAAGAUUACGACGACUCACAAGAUGACAUUAUAAAUAACAAACUAUUACAAAGAAGACAGGGUGGGCCACACAACAAGAUAGAGAAGCAAAGGAGGUUUGCUUUGUUGAGGAGUUCCCUAAACAGGAGAUUGGAAACUCUAGUAAUAUUGUGGCAUACUAUCACGAUUCCAUUUUUAGCAUCACUAUUUUUCGUUCUGUGUACAAUUCCCAUGUUGUGGCCUCUUAUAAUAGUUUACUUGGUUUAUUUUUACAUCGAUGCCAAUACUCCAAGCAAUGGAAAGUCUGCUGACCGAAGAGUGGAAUGGUUCAGAAGUUUGCAUAUUUGGAAACAUUUUGUCAAUUAUUACCCUAUAUCUGUGUACAAAACUGUUGACCUGGAACCGACGUUCAAGACUAAGAAGAUUGAAAUUAUUCUUCCGAAGUAUCACCAAGUAACCACUUAUUUGCCAAGUUCUGUUAGAAAGUACAUACCGACACACAGAGUUCUCAUAGAAAAGGAGAUCAAAACAGGGCCAAGAUACAUAUUUGGUUAUCACCCUCAUGGGGUAGUUUCCCUGGGGAUCACUGGAGCUUUUGGCACCAAUGGUUGUAACAUUGGCGAGUUACUACCAGGAAUCAGAAUAUAUUUAUUAACCCUCAUCACUCAAUUCAAACUUCCUCUAUUGAGAGAUUACUUAAUGGCAUUGGGUAUUUCUUCUGUUUCGAAACGUAAUGUGACUGCACUGAUAAAACGAAAUCAGUCUGUCUGUAUUGUCAUUGGAGGUGCUUCGGAGUCUCUAUUAUCCAAACCACAUACUAUUGAUAUUGUCCUGAAAAAAAGGAAAGGCUUUGUGAAAGUCGCACUAGAGCUGGGUGACACUGAGUUAGUUCCAGUAUUUGGUUUUGGAGAAAACACUGCCUAUAAUGUUUUUGACCCAAGUGUAUCUGGCAAGUCUUGCUCUGUCCUAAAUUACGUGCGGAAGCAAAUGUGUGGGUUUCAAUUAUGGUUAAAACAACACUUUGGCUUUACCUUUCCAUUUUUUCAUGCUAGGGGUGUUUUCAAUCACGACUUUGGCCUUCUACCAUAUCGGAAACCUAUCAACUUGGUCAUCGGUAGACCCAUCCCGGUUCCUUACAUUCAUUCACCAACCCAAGAACAGAUUGACCAUUACCAUUCCCUAUAUGUCGAAGAACUGAAACGAGUUUUUGAGCAGAAUAAGGAGAGGUUUAAUGCUGGAUCCUUGGAGCUACGAAUUGUCGAGUGA